UUGAAGAUGAGCAAAUCCAAAGGAAAACCUUCAAGUUUCUAUUUCUGAUAAUUAAUAUACAACUUCGAAAAUUAAAGUGGAAAACACUAUCAAUACAACAUUAAACGUUCAGUGGGAUCUAACAUCUUUUUUGAAUCGGUACAUUCGUACGCGGAAAAGCCAUAACUGCCGUUGUUAAACAUUUUGGACUUACAAAUUACGUUUACGACUACGACGUAAUAAAAUCUGUGAUUAUACGAGCGAGGAAUCGGAAGAAAUAUAAAGCCUGCUGCACAUCAUGUCGGAAGUCUUGGAAGAAUUCCGGUCACGGCUAGAGGAGAUAAAAAGUCCGGUGCUUGUCACUGAACCAGGAAUUUCGGAGCAAAAAGUCACGAUAUCCACAGUCGAGCCAGUUAUUCCAGCUAUCCAUUCUGUACCGGCAGUCGCACCAACAGUUAACGCGAAUGUCAGUAAAACAAUUAAAGAUCCAGGAAUCGCUCCGCAAACUCAGUCUGCUCUACCCCCUGCCAUUCCGUCGACAUCCAGAGGCCUAACAAAUGGUUUCCUGCCGAACAUCGAAAUACCUGCACAUUCCUCAUCCGCUGCGCGGAACGAUGCCAAACGGAAAGAAAAGCUGUACAAAGUUCUCAUCAUUGGAGACGUGGGAGUGGGAAAAACCAGCAUCGUCAAACGUUAUGUUCAUCGUUUCUUUUCGCAGCAAUACCGGGCCACGAUUGGAGUGGAUUUUGCGUUAAAGAUUAUAAACUGGGAUCAGAAUACGAUUAUUCGUCUGCAGCUGUGGGAUAUUGCCGGUCAGGAGCGAUUCGGGCAUAUGACCAGAGUGUAUUAUAAGGACGCAGUUGGAGCCUUUAUUGUCUAUGACAUGAGUCGCUUAGCGUCCUUCGAUGCGGUUUCCAAAUGGAAGAAGGAUCUCGACAUAAAGGUAGAAACACCUGACGGAAAUCCAGUCCCAUGUGUUCUUUUAGGAAACAAGUGCGACCAAGCGAAAGACAGCCAGAUUCCCGAGGGAGCUAAAAUGGAUCAUUUUCUACGCGAAUCUAAUUUCAGUGGGUAUUUUGAAACGUCAGCAAAGGAAAACGUCGGGAUCGAUGAAGCCGUGCGCUUUCUCCUUACAAAGAUAAUUGAAAAUGACCGGCCAAUGGUGCUGGAGCACGAUGCGGAGCGGUUUAAACUGGAGACAACAACGACCGUUACCCCACCGCCUCAUCAAAAGAAAUCCUGCUGUUAGAUUAAUUCUUCUUCAGAACUGCACUGUUUUGUCAAACAAGUAUUCUCUUUUGAUUUCAACACUACUUCCGAGUUCAGACGAUAUCCAAACUCAAACCAUGCAAGAUCUGUACUUAUCGUAAGUACGAAACAAAUCUGGACGAUUCAAAGAAAAUCCGAAUGAAAUAA